AUGAGUGACGCGCUCCCGUCGCGUUUGCGUCUCCCCAGAACAACAUUUCGAGUCGCCCCCGCCACCCGACGACUCGCCACACGUCAAGACAGCGUCGACGCUCAAAUCAAAGUUGCUGCGCAGCUUGAUGGCCAAGAGUCUUUUUGCAUCCUCCAUCGACUCGAGUUGAAUUGCAAAAUGACGACAGUGUCUACGCCUGUUGCCAACAAGGAGAAUACCCAGCCGGGAAAGCGAUGGGCGCCCACGCCCGAAUCCCGAGAUAAACUCCACAGGCCGUUCAAAUGCCCCGGAUCUGCCGCCCCCAGCCCUGCUGUCAAUCGACCUGCCCGGAAGCGCAGAAAGGUCGAUUACAAAGGCGCUGAUGGCGAAACGGACGCUGACAAGCCGUACACCAAUGCUGACCGCCUCGCGCUCGCGAACCGCGAUGCAAACCGCUAUCCAGUCUUCCAGGCCAAGGAGAAGGGCGUUGUCUUCCGCAAGGCCUUUGCCGUCCCCUUGAUCAACAAGAACGUGGGCGGCUACAACCCCAACAGACCACCACCGACCCUCGGCCUGCGGACUGGUGCCACCUUUGUCGCGAAAGCGCUGCACGACCCGAGCGGUGAAUUCGCCAUCGUGCUGUACGAUCCCACCGUCGACGACAAGCCCAAGGUCCCCGAGAAGUCCAAGGACGAGCCCGAGCCUACAACCACCAUUGAUGCCCCUCUGAUGCACAAGAGCUUGGCUGAGAUUCUUGGUAUCAAGAAGAAGGUCGAGGGCGAGCACCCCAAGGUGCCCGUCGUCAUUGACCCACGUCUCUGCAAGGUCCUGCGUCCCCAUCAGAUUGAAGGCGUCAAGUUCAUGUACAAAUGCGUCACGGGCAUGAUCGACGAGAGAGCCAAUGGCUGCAUCAUGGCCGACGAGAUGGGCCUCGGAAAGACGCUGCAGUGCAUCACCCUGCUCUGGACCCUGCUGAAGCAAUCGCCCGAGGCUGGCAAGAGCGCCAUCCAGAAGGCCAUUGUCGUCUGCCCUUCCAGUUUGGUCAAGAACUGGGCAAACGAGCUUGUCAAGUGGCUCGGUGCAGAUGCCGUCACCCCGUUCGCCAUCGACGGCAAAGCCUCCAAGGAGGAACUCACCCGCCAGCUGCGACAGUGGGCCAUUGCAUCCGGCAGGGCUGUGACGCGGCCCGUCAUCAUUGUGUCCUACGAAACCCUCCGUCUCAACGUUGACGAGCUGAAGCACACCAAGAUUGGUCUCAUGCUGUGUGACGAAGGUCAUCGCCUGAAGAACGGCGACAGCCAGACCUUCAGCUCCUUGAACAGCCUCAACGUGAGCCGCAGAAUCAUUCUUUCGGGCACGCCCAUCCAGAAUGAUCUCUCCGAAUACUUUUCUCUCAUCAGCUUUGCGAACCCUGAUCUGCUCGGCACGCGACUCGAGUUCCGCAAGCGAUUCGAGCUGCCCAUCCUCCGCGGCCGCGACGCUGAUGCAGACGAGACUGACAGGAAGAAGGGCGAUGAGUGUCUCAGCGAAUUGCUCGGCAUCGUCAACAAAUUCAUCAUUCGGCGCACCAACGAUAUCCUCUCCAAGUACCUUCCUGUCAAGUACGAGCACGUCGUGUUCUGCAAUCUCGCACCCUUCCAGUUGGACUUGUACAACUACUUCCUCACAAGUCCUGAUAUCCAAGCCCUUCUUCGUGGCAAGGGCAGUCAGCCGCUCAAAGCCAUCAACAUCCUCAAGAAGCUCUGCAACCACCCAGAUCUUUUGAAUCUCAACGACGAUCUGCCUGGCUCGGAAAAUUGCUGGCCAGACGACUAUGUUCCGAAGGAUGCUCGCGGCCACCGCAAUCGCGAGGUCAAGCCUUGGUACUCUGGCAAGAUGCAGGUUCUCGAUCGCAUGCUGGCUCGCAUUCGUCAGGAUACAAAUGACAAGAUUGUGCUCAUCAGCAACUACACGCAGACGCUGGAUAUUUUCGAGCGGCUUUGCCGUUCUCGCGCGUAUGGCUGCCUCCGUCUUGAUGGCACCAUGAACGUCAACAAGCGCCAGAAGCUCGUCGACAAGUUUAACGACCCUACUGGGGAGGAGUUUGUCUUUCUCCUGAGCAGCAAAGCUGGUGGCUGCGGUAUCAACCUCAUCGGUGCCAAUCGCCUUGUUCUCUUCGAUCCUGACUGGAACCCUGCUGCUGACCAGCAGGCUCUUGCUCGUGUGUGGCGUGAUGGCCAGAAGAAGGACUGCUUCGUCUACCGCUUCAUCGCGACAGGCACAAUCGAAGAGAAGAUUUUCCAGCGCCAGAGUCACAAGCAGAGUUUGUCGAGCUGCGUCGUCGAUUCGGCAGAGGACGUCGAGCGUCAUUUCUCGCUCGACGGUCUUCGAGAGCUGUUCCAGUACCGUCCUGGCACGACGUCUGAUACCCAUGACACGUUCAAGUGCAAACGCUGCAAGCCCGAUGGUAGGCAGCACAUCAAGGCGCCCGCCAUGCUGAUCUUCUUCUGA